GGGAUUGCUGGCUCUCGGGUCACUGCUCUCCCCUAUGCUCAGGGUGUCAGGCAAGGCGAGCUCCUGCACCUGCAGGAUGGGACUGCUUGCCCCGUCGGUGGGGUUGUGCUUGUAUGUGGAGGAAGGAGGUGGUACCCACUUCAUGGAAGCUCCUGACCACUUGCCAACAUGGUAGUUUUCACAUGCAAUGCAUGUGGAGAAGCUGUGAAGAAAGCACAGGUUGAAAAGCAUGUGAACAUCUGCAGAAACUGUCAGUGCUUGUCUUGCAUGGAUUGUGGCAAGGAUUUCUGGGGUGAUGACUAUAAGGAACAUGUGAAAUGUGUAAGUGAAGACCAGAAAUAUGGUGGAAAAGGUUUUGAAGCCAAAACUAACAAAGGAGAUGCCAAACAGCAGGAGUGGAUUCAGAAAAUCCAUGAAGUAAUGAAGAAGCCAAAUAUAAGCCCUAAAGUGCGGAACGUCCUGGAGCAGAUGCGUGCCUUUGAUAACAUUCCAAGAAAAAAAGUAAAGUUUCAGAAUUGGAUCAAGAACAGUUUGAGAAUUACUGACAGCACUUUGCAAGAUCAGGUGUGGGACGUUUUCUCGGAAGCAACCAGAAAGAUUUCAAAUGAAAAAGAACAGGACAAACAACAACAGAAGGAAGAGCGCCAGUCUGCAGAAACUGAGGAAAAAACAGUGGCAGAAGAAAAUGGAAUUACAGAUGAUAAAGUUGAGAGGAAAAAGAAUAAGAGAGAACGAAAAGAAGAGAGACAAAAGAACAAAAAGAAGGAGAAAAAAGAUUUGAAAUUAGAAAACCAGCCAGAGGUAAAAAAGAGUAAAAAAUCCAAGAAAGGAAAAGAGAGCGUGGAGAAUGAAUUUGAAACAAAUGGAAAUGGCCAUCAGAAUGAAGUAGAAGAGGAAACAAAAGUAAAGAAACGCAAACAUAAACAUGUAGAAGCUCCAGAGGAACCUCCUAUCAAAACCAAGAAAAUGAAAACCGAAAACACCAAUGACAACAAAAAAAGUGUGGGACCUAAUAAAGGUAAAUUCAACUGGAACGGAACCAUCAAAGCUGUUCUGAGACAGGCUCCAGACAACGAAAUUUCAAUUAAAAGACUAAGAAAAAAGGUUAUAGCUCAUUUUCACGCAGUAGCUGCUGAACAGUACAAAUCAGAAGAGGAGAUCCUUGUCACAUUUAAUAAGAAAGUGAAAAACAAUCCCAUAUUUAAAGUUCGGAAGGACAGAGUGAAACUUGUGAAAUAAAAGUUUGCAUACUUUGCUGUUGCAUUUUAA